UUUGAGCCAUUUGUUUUUUGAGAGAAGGACACAGGUGCCCUUGCAGAGCGAUGUGACGUGAGCGGACUGUGAAUUUGCCAGGUGGCAGAGAAAGACAGAACAGGAGGAAGUGAAGGUAAUGAAAUCAAAGUAGAGAGGAAAGAGGAAGCAGAUAGACCCUGAGAGGAAGUGAAGUCCAUCGGGAAGGCGGUAGAAUCUUCUGGAAGGGGUCCGUUUGACCACCAUGUUAAAGGUUUGAUAGAACUGAUCAACAUCCAGGCGGAGAGACUUCAUUGUGUCCAAUGAGGCCGGAGCCGCGUGUCCACCAACAAACACACUGCAGUUUUCACCCUGAUGCGCUCACUUAGGAUACCUCUCGCUGGAAGAUUUAUAGGCGUAGUGAUUGGCUUCAUCGCCCCCCCCUCCACCAUUCUGCGGCACUGCCAUUUGCAAUGGUUGAUGAGCCCCUCCGCCCUCUCAAACAUGGCCGUCUCAGGGAUUGGGGGUGGGGGGGAAAUGAGGGAAGGAGGGUAGAUGGCGUAAAGCACGCCGCCUCUGAUCGCUCCUCCUUCACCUCCUCCAUGGUCUGGCUGUGUUCUCCAUGCACCUUUCCAGGGCUCCGCUGAAGGUCAUUGUUGCAGCCUCCUCGUCCGCCUCUGCCCUGCGCCCCUCCAGCCUCUCCGCCUUUGUUACUUUUCUCUAAGAGCAGCGAGUGAAUGGACUGCCGUACUUUAUAGUGCUGCGUCAAAAGAGGCGGAGUAGAGGAGAAAAUGACAUUUUUUGGGACCGGCGUUGGGGGGGUGGGGAUGUGACGUCCUGAGGAGAGGAGGCCGGCCAUUGGCUGCAUCGGCUGUCAGUCCUGCGCGCUGCUGCAGACGGACAGGCCACUCGAUGAAUAUGGAUGAGAGCAGUGAAAAGGGUGAUGCGGCAGGGAAGACCCCCCCUCCUCAAACCGAUGCAGGCUUGAACAAUGCGUGCCGUCUUUCACUGAAAACACUCAGAGCCUGCAUUAGCAUUUUCUCAGACAAUUGAGGCUGUGGCCAGCUGCAGGCAUGGCCGGGAUGCUGCGGUGAAAUCUCUUUUUCUGCUCCUACUGAUGAAUGAGACCUUGGUGAAAAAAGGUCGACUGGCCGCAUUCCUCAACACCACCGUCGCACCUAUGCCUCGGCUAACGUCAGGAGCCCCUUUAGAGAUUGCGCCCCGGCAUUGAUGGCGAUCUGACAGAGGACUUUAGAAGCAGCAGAUCUCAGAAUGGAGGAGGGUGAGUACUUCCUGAAGGUGCUGAUCCCCAGCUAUGCAGCCGGCUCUAUUAUUGGCAAGGGUGGCCAGACCAUCGUACAGCUGCAGAAGGAGACGGGUGCCACCAUUAAGCUGUCCAAGUCCAAAGACUUCUACCCCGGGACAACUGAGAGAGUUUGUCUGAUACAGGGUACUGUUGAAGCCCUCAAUAGUGUGCACAACUUCAUCGCGGAGAAAGUCCGUGAGAUGCCCCAGAGUGCCCAAAAACCAGAACCUGUCAGCAUACUGCAACCGCAGACCACGGUGAACCCAGACCGCGUGAAACAGGCCAAAUUAAUUGUACCCAACAGUACAGCUGGACUGAUCAUUGGUAAGGGUGGUGCCACAGUGAAAGCAGUGAUGGAGCAGUCGGGAGCUUGGGUGCAGCUCUCCCAGAAGCCGGAAGGCAUCAACCUGCAGGAACGAGUGGUGACCAUCAGCGGGGAACCUGAACAGAACCGUAAGGCUGUGGAAAUCAUUGUGCAGAAAAUCCAGGAGGACCCUCAGAGCAGCAGCUGCCUGAACAUCAGCUACUCCAACGUCUCCGGCCCAGUGGCCAACUCCAACCCCACCGGCUCCCCUUACGCCAACACAGCCGAGGUGCUGCCCAAUGCGGCCGCGGCAGCAGCCACUGCCUCCAGCCUUCUGGGCCAGGCCGGAUUGACAGGAAUGGGUGCCUUCCCUGCCACCAUGUCCAGUUUCUCUGGCAACGAUCUGCUGGCCAUCACCUCAGCCCUGAAUACCCUGGCCAGCUAUGGCUACAAUACUAACACCCUGGGCCUGGGUCUCAACCCCGCAGCUGCCUCUGGAGUCCUCGCCGCAGUUGCAGCUAGCGCUAACCCCGCUGCUGCUGCUGCAGCUAACCUGUUGGCCUCCUAUGCUAAUGAUGCCUCCAGCAGUGCUGGCCACCCCGCUACUGGCCUUGGUGGGUUCUCCCUGGGCUCUCUAGCAGCUGCUACCGGAGCUUCCAAUGGUUACCUAAAUGCUUCAUCCCCAUUAAUGGCUUCCUCCCUGUUGGCAACAGAAAAGUUGGCAGACGGAGCCAAGGACGUGGUUGAAAUCGCUGUGCCCGAGAAUCUUGUGGGAGCUAUUCUGGGGAAAGGAGGGAAAACGCUGGUGGAGUACCAGGAGCUGACAGGAGCCCGUAUCCAGAUCUCCAAAAAGGGAGAGUUCAUUCCAGGGACUCGGAACCGUAAAGUUACAAUAACAGGGUCGCCGGCCGCCACACAAGCAGCGCAGUAUCUGAUCAGCCAGCGGAUCACGUACGAGCAGGGCGUGCGCGCCACCAACCCACAGAAGGUGGGCUAAAACCAAGCGAAGGGAACAGAAGAAAAGGAUGAGGACAGAAAAGGAAAGGAAAGAAGAGAGUCAAGAAGAGUAGAAAAAAAAAAGAAAUGUCCAAAUAUAUGUUCAAUAUUUCAGUAUAUGAUGAAAGAGUUACAAAGGAGGAGGCGGGGGAGACAACCAAGAUAAGUGUGUGUGAUUUGUGAGUGUGUUUUUAGGACAGAAGUCCUGAUGUUUUUUAAAAGUUUGUGUCAAGUCCUUUUGACAAUGGUGAUCAGAGUAAGCUGAACUGGUCCACUGCCAAGUCGCAGAUUCAGGCGCGAGGCCGCGGGGUCUCGCCCUCCUCUAAACCUCAUUACUGUCUCAUUUCUUUCUUUGGAGUGAUUGUUUUUGUUGGAUUUCAGACGGUCUGAGACGUCGGCUCCCGGUGAGCUGAGCGUGUCGGACGAAGAUCCGGCUGUUUUACAAAACCUUGCUCUUUGCUGUCAAUGCAGAAGGCAUUGUUAACAGGGGGAGGGGUUUAACAACAAGCACCUGAACUCAUCUCAGCUAUUUAGGGCAGCAGUCCAAGUAUAGUUUCUUUACAAAUAAACAAAAUCACAUCUAUGUGGACAUGUCUUGAAUUCUAGCUCAUUUCAUAACUGAAAUGACUCAAUUUGGGUAUUUUAUAUUUGCAUCCUUUAACUUAUCGACAUAGUCUCAUCCAAACACGCGUCGAUUAUUUAAACCUGUGGUUGCAGGUUGAUCUGAAUGUAAAAACAAUUUGCGCCUGUUGCUAUUUUUUUUUUACAGGGAUCAAACAUUGUGUUGCAGUGAAAGAAAUGUAUAAGUCACCCCAGCCUGUACUUGCUGUCUGCAGGUGUAGUUCAAGGGUUCAAGACUCAGUGUGAGAGGACAGAGGAGACACACAGGAAUGUAUAAAAAACACAAACAGGCAUAGAGAAUGCUCCCACAAACGCACAAACUCUCCGACGUGACAUUAUAUUCCGCCACUGCUACGAACACAAAGAAACGUGUUGAUGAUUAACCCUUUCUUGGUGCUAUAGGACUUCUAUCUCCUUUACGGUGGAAUUCAAAACUUUCCACUUGAGUUUCCACUUGGUUUAAAGUGUCGUCCAGCCAUUGGUAGCCCACUGGACCCGACCCAGCUUCAUACCCAACGACUGUCGAUUGAUUUCUAUCAACAAAAGCAGUCUAGCUGUUCUAAUACAAACCUGUUGUUUUGUAAUACUAGCUGAACAUUUUGCAGAAGAAAACUCCUGACAUACGUUUGCCUUAGCCAGACAUUUGGAACACCAAGAAUCAAGCAAAGGGUCAGACCUCCUGAGAGCAGUGGCAGAAAACAAAGCACUACAAAGCAUUUUGAUAAGAAGAGCUGGAAGAACCUUUAUCUGUGAACUACGAAGCGAUUUCCAUGCAGUUACCAAAUAGUGGAGCCACCUGCCUGUGGGCAAUGCUUCCUGAUUUCCAUCAAGACAAAAAGAAACACAGGGAAUUAAGAUGAAUAUUAUUGUUCCCAAAGUACAUAAACGCUGACGUAGAGCAUAUAUUGAAACCUACGAUGUUUUGGGAUCGUUAUCUUUCAGUGCUACUAGCUAGUCUGACAGUGACAGGCCCAAAAGUAAGAAGCUCUGGUCCCCUCUGUGCUGCUAUCCAUAGCGUUCAUCCCGACUCUUUAAAGUCUGCACUGUGAGGCAUUUAGACCACCAUGUCUGUCCUGCUAGGGACGUGAAUACAUACAUUUAUA